AUGGCGAUGAUGAUGACUGGCCGUGUGCUGCUGGUGUGUGCCCUCUGCGUGCUGUGGAGCGGUAUUGAUGGAGUUGCUGAGACCGAGGAACCUGGAAUUGAUGUGGCGCCCGGUGUGGAUGAGUAUUUGGUUGUGGAGUGGCGCGCUCAGCUGCGGAGGGAAUGCGCGGAGGAGGUCAGCAGGAGGACGGGAGGCCGUGCGAAUGUAUCCGCCGUUGAGGAAUGCCUGCGUGAGGGAAUGGAGAGUUUGCAUGCCGUUGUGGAUGGCCGUCGUCGUUGGAGGCCUCAGCGGUAUGCUCUGGUCGCUAAGGAUCCUGAAGAUGGCCCUCCCGAAGUUAUUUCCGUUGGAGCUCCUCCACCACUCCCGGGCCAGAAAACGCAAGGCUCUUUACAGGAAUUAUCAUUGGGGGAUCCAGAGAAAUUGUCAGAAGGAGGUGCAGGAGGAGGAACCGGAUUGGGAUCAGAACAAAUGCAGCCUGAAGAAUUGGCCGUCACCAAACAGAACGAGUCAGAGGUUGAAGGCGAAUUAAUUCGCGAUGAAAACAACAGUGAGCUCGAGAAAAAAGUAUUAGUUGAUUCAGAUCUAACGAAAUCCCAGACGAUGAAUGUGCCGGAGAUUCAGCCGGAAGCGGUUGGUUUAUUGCUUCCUUCACGUGAUGGUCGAGCUGCUGGCAUUCCGGGAGGAGAUUCCUCUGAGUUGUCCUCUGAAGUUUCUCGAUUGUCUGAAGCCAGCGGAACAGGAGGAGACGACCAACAAAAAAAUACACCUGGCAAAGAAAAACAAGCAGCAGCAGAAACACAACCAGUGCCAGUGGCACACUCUAAACCGUCAGGAAGUGCAGGAACUGUGCCAGGAGAAGGAGGACGGUUAGAGGAUCUACUGCCACAAGCACCAGUUAAGGAAACCGCUCCAGCAGCUCCAUCACCGAGGGAAUCAUUUCACACCGCAUCGUCACCAGCAAAGGAGGGCACAGAAAGCACGCAGCCAGCCGACGUUCUUCUGAAACAGGGCAACAUACCAACAACAGAUGCCACACAAAAUGCGACAACCGAGGGUCAGGAGGAAACAACUUCAUCAUCUUCUGCGGCGGAUGACGAUAAUGCUGUCACCAAUGACGCUGACGAGGGCAAUGAAGAGAAUUCGGGCGAUGAUUCCGCAUCUCGUGCCGCAGUGCCAGACGAAAAACAACAACGUGAACGAGAGGAUGGCAACGAGAAGGAAAGAGCACCAGCAGCAACGCCACAAGUAAAAAAUGAAGACCUCGGCUCUGCAGAUGUCGUUUCAGUGCAACAGGAACAGAAAACCCAAAGCGGCCUGGAGUCAGGGAAUGAGUCAAGAAAAGAAGACAGUGUUCUCACCACAAACAAACAACAGGAUGGAACAUCUGACAGCCAUGCCGAAUCAACUCCAACAUCACGCUCAUCAGCAAAAAGUGUUGGCGCCAGUAAUGGCCCUGACAAGGCUACUGAAGAGGAGAUUUCCAAUACAAAUACAGCACGUGUUGAUGCAGUACCAGAAGCAGCACAAGAUGAUGGAAAUAAAGAUGACAAUAAAAAAGAAACACCAGUCGAAUCCACAGCUAUUGCAAAUGAUACGACUCCAACUAGCGACAGUGACGGCAGCACCGCGGUCUCCCACACCACCUCCCCUCUUUUGCUUCUUCUUCUUGUUGUUGUUGCGUGUGCGGCUGCUGCUGCGGUGGUGGCCGCGUGA